GUACGCUGUACGCUAGUAGAGAGAUAUGAAGAUGUGCCCUCCCCCUGGAAUGAUGGUUAGCAGGCCACUAAAAUAUUAGGGGGGCCCUAACAAAAUGAAAGGGGUUUACCAGUGCACUUCAUUAUGCAGCUCAGCGCUCAGUGCUCAGUUGUGCUUGUGUGGAUAUUGCGUCGUCCCAUCCCUAGCCGUGUGCGGAGGCCUUCUGAUGUUGCCCAGAAAUGAAGUUGCACUCAGUUCACAGCCAAAUGACACUGUGUGUGUGUGUGUGUCUGUGUGUUCUGUGUUUGAAGACAAGAUACUCCGUACAGAGUACAAAAGAAGGAAGAAAAGGGAAGAAAGAUUGCAGUAUGGAUAUCUUCCGUUCACCCCGUCGUGUCGACGGAAUUUCUUCAGACACAGUUAGGGCAUAUAUAUGAAAUAUAUGAACCUGGAGAGAAGGCUAAGUUUUGAACUUAAGAAUAAACACAUGGCCGUUGACUACCUCCCACUUGUUUCAUCCCAUGCAACAGCUUUUUGCUUGCUCUUCAUGCCGGCCCCUUGCAGCAUUUCUGGCGAACCUGACUGCCACACAAUAACCUGGUCUGGUCUGUGAACGUUAAAAAUGGGGAAAAAGGCAGUCCAGUCCGACUGCGCACCUUUUCGCCCUGACCACAUCUGACGCGCCGUUAAAAUUCCCCUGGAACUACGGGGUAAAGAAUGCGCAAACGGCAGGGGACAUGGAACUUAGCACUUGGCCUUGAUGACGUUUGGCUGUUUUCUGUCACGGCUCUUCGCGACCUAGCCGCCAGUGCUUACUUCUACUUGACAGAACGCCCUGGUCAAAGAAAACUCCACGCAUGAAUGUUAUCUCUUAUCGUCCGACAACAGUUUUCCCUUCCGUCCCCGCGUUCUAUGGCACAAAUCCGCAGCAUUAAAAAAGUCCACCAAUCCAGCUCGAAGAAUGCCAGCUGCAACUGAAAAACUCGCGAUCCCGCGCGGUUCUCUCGUCCUCGUCACCGGCGCCAACGGCUACAUUGCAAGCCAUGUCAUCGACCAGCUCCUCCAAGCCAACUUCCGCGUGCGCGGCACAGUCCGCAAACUCACCAGAGGCCUCUGGCUAAACGACCACUUCACCUCCAAGUAUGGGCCCGGCAAAUUCGAGCUUGUCGAAGUGCCCGACAUGGCCGUCGCGCACGCCUACGAUGAUGCCGUCAAGGGCGCCUCGGGGCUCAUCCACAUCGCCACCCCUGUCCUGGUCACCUAUGACCCCAACGAAGGCAUCCCCAUGGUCACAAACGGGACUGUCAACACCCUCGAGUCCGCGCGGAGGGAACCGUUGAUGAAACGUGUCGUACUGACAUCCUCAUCCACCGCGGCGGCGAGCCCGCGGCCAGAUGUUGAAUUCACCAUGGAUAAGGGGACGUGGAAUGAUGAGAUCGUGCACGCUGCGUGGGCGCCGCCGCCGUACGAAGGGUGGCAGAGGCGACAUAACGUCUACGCGGCUAGCAAGACGGAGGGCGAGAAGGUGGCCUGGAAAUGGAUGCGGGAGAACCAGCCGGGUUUCGUGCUCAACACGGUGCUGCCCAAUGCGAACUUUGGCGAGGUGCUUAGCCCGCAGCAUCAGGGGUUCCCGUCGACAGCUGGCUGGGUGAGGGCUGUCUGGGAAGGGUUCAAGGGCAAGUAUGCGGACGAGGUAUCUAAUAAACCGCAGUAUUAUGUAAAUGUGCGCGAUAAUGCGUUGGUGCAUGUGGCCGCGUUGAUAUAUGCGGAUGUACAGGCCGAGCGGUUAUUUGCGUUUGCGCAACCGUAUAAUUGGAAUAACAUCCUAGCGGUGAUGAGGAAGUUGUAUCCGGACAGAGAGUUUAUUGAUGAUAUUCCGGAUCUGGGGAGGGACUUGAGCAAGGUUACGAACCAAGGGGCGGAGGACUUGUUGAAGAGGAUAUCAGGGAAGGGUUGGACGGGCUUUGAGCAGACGAUCAAGGAGGCGACGGAGGGAUUUAUUUAAGUGUUAAAUUUUCACCGAAAUGGCGAGUGUAGUGGGGUACAUCCCCUUACGGGGUUCUGCGAGUUACAAGGAAAAAGCGCUGCAUCGAUCGAUAUCUGGAUAAUGAUUUAUGAUAAUGAGUGAGGCUACAACAACUAUGGGGAUGGUACCGGCUUGCAAAUUGAUAUGCAGAGACAACUAGCACGAAAAGAAAGUGGAGGAAGCCAACCCCCUAUUCCAUUACAGAAGAAAGAAACACUGAAUGAAUUGAAGAUCAGAAUAAAGAGAAAUCCCUACUUAAUCCAGACCUCAAAUCAUUAAUACUCUAAUCUCCUAUUAGGAGCUCGGGACCACCCCGAAAGCUGCUUCGGCAUAAUCAUCAACAUCGUCCUCCUCCUCCUCCUAAUCAUCAUCAUCAUCCUCGAUGGUUUCAACUAAUAGAUUACCUCCCCUGCCGAUUUUUUCUCCAAUAGAGCCAUUAGCCUCGAUUUCGUACACUACACGAGGCAUCGGCGAAACAAGGCGGAAGCCGUAUUUGUGCUCAAAGUUCUCAGGAGGUUGGACAUCUCCCGACGCCGAGGCUUCUCCCUCUUCCCCAUUAGUGUGUAAUACGUCAUAACAUUCAACAAAGGCAUACAAUUCCUCAAUACUCGCGGAGCCUGAAAAUCGUCGAAUCACUCUGUCGCCCGAUGCCAGUCGGAUACUCAGGCGAACUGCCUGCUUAUCAGUCGCGGGAGGUUCAUCCGCCUGUCUUUCCUGAGCUUCUAGCUCCGCACGCUGGCGCGCAGCUUCCGCCUCUCGCCGCUGUCGGGCGCGCUCUCUGUCCUGCGCAAGUGACCGUUCGUAUGCGGAAUCCUGUUCCUGUCGGAUCGUCCGCGAAGCUUGCUGUUCGGCCCUAGUACCGCGCACACGAUCGAGUGAGGGUUUGCUCUGAACGAUCGCUGAACGAAGCUUUUCUGUAACUUCAGACGGGGUGCUCGGGCCGGGAAGCUUUGCUAUUACAGACAUCGCGGAUGGAGACACACUCGGGUCGUGCACUAUGAGCCCGAAAAAGGGGAAUUUAGUACAUCCAAGGCUGCUGGCAACUUGAUAAGCCUCGGAGUCUCGGACAUUACCGGCCCAAACCAAGAUCUGAUUGGCUGGAUCGUUGAUGAAGUUCACAACCUCCGUGGAAAGGAGGGUGUCUCGAACCCAACUGCUCGUAAGGUCAUGUUCUGAAGACAGUAGGACAACAAAUAGGUAUUUUAAUUCCUGGUGGGCCUUUUCCAAGGCCAUGUUAUAUCCAUUUUCGAGAAAUGGAAUGGAGUGACUUCCGUAUUCUUCUUCGAAUUCUCGGAUGAACCGGAGCGCAGUGUCCUUUGGGCCCAAUGGUCUCCGCCCACCUGUAUCUCGUCUUGCUCCUUGCAACCCAUUCAGUAGCCGCGGUAGGAACGGGAAGAGCGUCCCAAAAAGUCCGAAGGAGCUGGAGAGCAAUUUGUAAAGCAGGCUGAAAGGCGUGAAAAAUAUGGCGAGUAAAAACGGAGGGCGAUAGGUAGGUUGGUCUGCUGGUUGUGUUGUUAUUCGCGGUGCCAGUUCAACUGUGCGUCUUGUGGAAAGAGUUCGGAGAGGGAUAUCGUCAUCGCCGUUCAUUAGGUUCUGAAGGGUUCGUGGCGGCCGCGCAGGCGGGCUAUUCAAGGCAGCUUGCGCCUCUGAGAUAAGAUCUCAAGGAAGUUGAAAUUACCUGGGUAUUCCAUUCCGACCGUUGAAGAAGCUGGAUAGCAGCGAGUUCUUCCGCACCGGUAACGGCGAUAAAGGUUUGCAGGGCACUUUGCUGGCUCGAAGAUAGCUGAGAGAUGUCUACCUCUUCGUUGGGCAUUAUUGCGACUGACCGUCAAGCUCCAUUCAAUGCUUUUAGUGAUCGGUGUAUAUGAGCGUGUUUAAACAAGGUCUAUAUGUUGUCAUGUCAUAGAUGAGCAGCUCGGGAACGUAGAGAAAGUGGAGUCAAUUUGGUCAAAAACAAC